GUCAUGGCGGCGGCGGAGUGUGUCAGCGGCCGCUGGUUUCCUGCUUUAGUGUUGGGAGUUUCUCUGAUAAAGAGUGUGUUCAUCUCUUCAUAUCACUCCACAGACUUCGAGGUGCACAGGAACUGGUUGGCGAUCACACACAGCCUGCCUCUGUCCCGCUGGUACCAUGAGAACUCGUCGGCGUGGACCCUGGACUACCCCCCCCUGUUCGCCUGGUUCGAGCUGGGCCUGUCCCACGUGGCGAAGCACUUUGACCCCGACAUGCUGCGGCUGGAGAACCAGGACCACGCCAGCCCGGCCACGGUUCUGUUCCAGAGGCUGUCGGUCAUCUCCACCGACCUGCUGUUCGCCCUCGGUGCCAGAGAGUGCUGCCGGUGCGUUCAGGAGCAGAAAGGUUCCCGGGACGUUCUGACCCGUCCGUCCUUCGUCCUCGCCGUUCUGCUGCUCUUCAACUUCGGCCUCCUCAUCGUCGACCACGUUCACUUCCAGUACAACGGCUUCCUGUUUGGUUUCCUGCUGCUGUCGUUGGCCAAGCACCUGCAGUCUCAGCACCUACAGGGGGCGCUACUGUUCUCCAUCCUGCUCAACCUGAAGCACAUCUACCUGUACGUGGCUCCAGCCUACGGCAUCUUCCUGCUGAGGAGUUACUGCUUCACUGAGGACAACAAAGACGGCUCCGUGCGCUGGACGAGCUUCAGCCUGCGGCGUCUGAUCGCUCUGGGAAGCAUCGUGGCGAGCGUCUGCGCUCUGUCCUUCGGUCCGUUCGUUAUGAUGGGUCAGCUGCCCCAGGUCCUGACACGCCUCUUCCCCUUCAAGCGGGGUCUCUGCCACGCCUACUGGGCGCCAAACGUCUGGGCGCUCUACAACGUGCUGGACAAGGGCCUGGCCACGCUCGGCGCUCGUCUGAAGCUGCUGGACCAGACGCAGCUGCCUCGAGCCUCCAUGACGGGCGGCCUGGUUCAGGAGGUCCAUCACUCCGUCCUUCCCUCCGUCUCUCCCUCCGUCACACUCGUCUGCACGCUUCUCUCCAUCCUGCCGGCGCUGGCGUCCAUCUGGUGGCGUCCUCGUGGCGCUCGAGGUUUCCUGCGCUGCCUGCUGCUCUGCGCUCUGGGCUCCUUCAUGUUCGGCUGGCACGUCCACGAGAAGGCGGUGCUCAUCGCCAUCCUGCCGCUGAGCUUCCUGGCGGUUGAGAGCAGAGAGGAUGCUGGGAUCUUCCUGGUUCUGACGACCACAGGCCAUUACUCGCUGUUCCCGUUGCUCUUCACCCCCGCAGAGCUGCCAAUCAAAGUCGUUCUGAUGCUGAUUUUUACCAUUUACUCUUUCACUGCUCUGAGGAAACUGCACAGUGGCCAGGGCCCGGUGCUGCGCCCCCUGGAGGUUGUCUACCUGCUCGGUCUGGUUGCUGUGGCAAUCGUCUGCGAAGUCAUCUUCCCUUUGUCACCGUGGCAACAGAAGCUGCCCUUUCUCCCCCUGCUGGUGACCUCGGUGUACUGCUCCGUGGGCGUCUGUUACUCCUUCCUGCGCCUGUACGUCAGUCUGCUGAGUCGGGGGAAGUCCAAACAGUUGUGAGACGGCGUCGUUUCCCCGUGAGGUUAAAGGUCAGAUUCCCAAUACACCGACAAGACACUGACACCUGUGACAUCAUCAGUCAGAGGAGGCCACGCUCGUAUUUACAAAAACGUCUCUUCCUCUGGAAUUUGACCAAACAUCAUCAAAGACGUCUUCACUGGUUAAAGUCACAAACUUCACAAUUCACAUCAGCUGCAACUCGCACAACGAGACAAAACUCUGUGUGAAGAGGCGUCACUCUGCUUCACCUCCGAAAACCUUCUGUCGUCACCAACUGCAUCAGAGUGAGACAUCAACAGCUGAGACUGAGACUCCAUCCGUCUGUAGCAGCUGAGAAUCAAUAAUCAAGGUCUGUCGCCCCCGUGUGGAGGAAACGUGACCGGUGGGUCAGGGGUCAAAGGUCAGGGGUCAGUGAAAACUGAAACACACAAACGACUGACAACCGGUGACAUCAUCUGUACAAACUCUGACGUCACAUCAAGUGAAUGAAACAACCUGUCAAUCAUGUUUUUAAUAAAAAACCACGUGAACCAAAGAGGAAGUGAAACACUGAUGAUGAUGAUGAUGAUGAUGAUGAUGAUGAUGAUGAUGAUGAUGAUGAUGAUGAUGAUGAUGAUGAUGAUGAUGAUGAUGAUGAUAUUUUUCUAUGUUUUCAAAUGAAGAAGAAAACUGUCA